CCCUUUUUGUGCCCUCUCUCCAUCAAAGUCCUGUUAAGACCCAGGCUCACCUCCACCUGUCCCACCUGGAGCAGGAGACCUCGGCAGGGCCGCAUUCUCACGUGAACCAUCAUGUCGGACAAGGGCGCCUUCGACACCAAUGUCAUCACCCUCACACGCUUUGUACUGGAGGAGGGUAGGAAGGCCAAGGGGACAGGAGAGCUCACCACCCUGCUCAAUUCUAUGUGCACGGCCGUAAAGGCCAUUUCCUCAGCCGUAAGGAAAGCAGGCAUUGCAAACCUAUAUGGCAUCGCUGGGAGCACCAACGUGACUGGGGACCAGGUAAAGAAACUGGACAUCCUCUCCAAUGACCUAGUCAUCAACAUGAUCAAAUCAUCCUUCACCUCCUGUGUUCUGGUUUCGGAAGAGAAUGAGAAGGCCAUCAUCGUGGAGCCUGAACGAAGGGGCAAAUACAUUGUUUGCUUUGACCCCCUGGAUGGUUCUUCAAAUAUUGACUGCCUCGCAUCUAUCGGAACAAUCUUUGCCAUCUACAAAAAGGCGACGGAUGAUGAGCCCAGCGAGAAGGACACCCUGCAAUCAGGUCGGAAUAUUGUGGCGGCAGGCUAUGCGCUCUAUGGCAGUGCUACCAUGAUGGUGCUUUCCACUGGCCAGGGAGUCAACUGCUUCAUGCUGGACCCUGCAAUAGGGGAGUUCAUACUGGUGGACAGGGAUGUCAAGAUAAAGAAGAAGGGUAAGAUCUACAGUCUCAACGAAGGCUAUGCCCAGUACUUUGACCCUGCGGUCACAGAAUACUUGAAAAAGAAAAAGUUCCCAGAGGAUGGCAGUGCCCCUUACGGGGGAAGGUAUGUGGGCUCCAUGGUGGCUGAUGUACAUCGAACCCUUGUAUAUGGAGGCAUCUUCCUAUACCCUGCCAAUGUGAAGAGCCCUAAAGGAAAGCUGAGAUUGUUGUACGAGUGCAACCCCAUGGCUUACAUCAUGGAGCAGGCUGGUGGAAUGGCAACCACCGGCAUCAUGAACGUCUUGGACAUCCAACCCGAGAGCAUCCACCAGAGGGUCCCUGUGGUGCUGGGUUCCCCUGAUGAUGUGCGGGAGUACAUCUCCAUCUUCCAGAAGUGUGCCAAGUGAGAGCUACCCUCAAGGGAAGGCACUGCAGCCUGAGAAGCAGCUGACUCAGGACUGGUCGCAGCACAGGAUACGUCCCACAGAAAGGGACGCUUUAGAUCAGACUGCAUGCAGGGACACCUUUUUAUAACAUUUUCAUCUGUCUUUGUCUGAUACUCAGCUGUGUAUGCAAUGGGUCUUCCUCAGUGAACAUGUCAAAUGACUUUAUAAUAGUUAUAUUGGCACACAUGGUUGACCUUAAAUGUCACUCUGAAUAAAACAUUUUUAAGUCUGU